GUCCCACGCCGUGCCGGCUCUCAGGCGCCGGAAGUGAGCUGCGCAGCCCGGAAGCGGCGGACGCAGGAGGCCUCGUGGAGGACACAGCAGCAUGGGACAGUCAGGGAGGUCCCGGCACCAGAAGCGCGCCCGCGCCCAGGCGCAGCUCCGCAACCUCGAGGCCUAUGCCGCGAACCCGCACUCGUUCGUGUUCACGCGAGGCUGCACGGGUCGCAACAUCCGGCAGCUCAGCCUGGACGUGCGGCGGGUCAUGGAGCCGCUCACUGCCAGCCGUCUGCAGGUUCGUAAGAAGAACUCGCUGAAGGACUGCGUGGCAGUGGCUGGGCCCCUCGGGGUCACACACUUUCUGAUCCUGAGCAAAACAGAGACCAAUGUCUACUUUAAGCUGAUGCGCCUCCCAGGAGGCCCCACCUUGACCUUCCAGGUCAAGAAGUACUCGCUGGUGCGUGAUGUGGUCUCCUCACUGCGCCGGCACCGCAUGCACGAGCAGCAGUUUGCCCACCCACCCCUCCUGGUACUCAACAGCUUUGGCCCCCAUGGUAUGCAUGUGAAGCUCAUGGCCACCAUGUUCCAGAACCUGUUCCCCUCCAUCAACGUGCACAAGGUGAACCUGAACACCAUCAAGCGCUGCCUCCUCAUCGACUACAACCCCGACUCCCAGGAGCUGGACUUCCGCCACUAUAGCAUCAAAGUUGUUCCUGUGGGCGCGAGUCGCGGGAUGAAGAAGCUGCUCCAGGAGAAGUUCCCCAACAUGAGCCGCCUGCAGGACAUCAGCGAGCUGCUGGCCACGGGCGCGGGGCUGUCGGAGAGCGAGGCAGAGCCUGACGGCGACCACAACAUCACAGAGCUGCCUCAGGCUGUCGCUGGCCGUGGCAACAUGCGGGCCCAGCAGAGUGCAGUGCGGCUCACUGAGAUCGGCCCGCGGAUGACACUGCAGCUCAUCAAGGUCCAGGAGGGCGUCGGGGAGGGCAAAGUGAUGUUCCACAGUUUUGUGCGCAAGACGGAGGAGGAGCUGCAGGCCAUCCUGGAAGCCAAGGAGAAGAAGCUGCGGCUGAAGGCGCAGAGGCAGGCCCAGCAGGCCCAGAAUGUGCAGCGCAAGCAGGAGCAGCGGGAGGCCCACAGAAAGAAGAGCCUGGAGGGCAUGAAGAAGGCACGGGUCGGGGGUAGUGAUGAAGAGGCCUCUGGGAUCCCUUCAAGGACGGCGAGCCUGGAGUUGGGUGAGGACGACGAUGAACAGGAAGAUGAUGACAUCGAGUAUUUCUGCCAGGCGGUGGGCGAGGCGCCCAGUGAGGACCUGUUCCCUGAGGCCAAGCGGAAACGGCUCGCCAAGUCUCCAGGGCGGAAGCGGAAGCGGUGGGAAAUGGAUCGAGGCAGGGGUCGCCUUUGUGACCAGAAGUUUCCCAAGACCAAGGACAAGUCCCAGGGAGCCCAGGCCAGGCGGGGGCCCAGAGGGGCUUCCCGGGAUGGUGGGCGAGGCCAGGGCCGGGGCCGCCCAGGGAAGAGAGUGGCCUGAGCCCAAGCCGCACCGGAGCAGCGGCUGGAUUGAACGCCCCAGAUUGGGGCCCGAGAUGUGGCCCUCGGUUUCCUUUCAUAAAGGAGUUGUGUCCCCACCCCUUCCACUCCAGUAAAGAACUGAAUUGGUCAGGGGUCCACGUCAGCGUUUGGGAUGGGGGAUACUGGAGCCAUACAAAGCAACCCAGAGAGUCCUGGGCCGGCCACACCCGAGUCCCUCCCGCCUGGUUUCUUCCUGGAAGCUGGGUCUCUCCCCUACUUUGCAUGGGGUUGGUUUCAUUGGUGGCAGCAGCAGCCAUGAGUGGCCCCUCCCCCCAGUCCCACCAAAGAGCCGUGUAAGCAGGCAGGUCAUGCUUUCAGCAGAUGAGCUUGAACCUCAGGAGGGCUGUGGCACAAUGAGGAAGGAAACGUGGGUGGAAAGGCACGCUGGCCUGCUCUGCUGGCUGGGCCAGGAACUGGGGAUGGGGCUGGGGCAGGGCCCGCUAAGCCACUGGUGACUGGGGGAGGGGCUGGGGAACUGGGUAGCAGACACAGGCUGAGGCUCGGCACGGGACCAUGGCAGCCAACGUCUCAGGUAAGGAGAAGGCAUGUUGGCUGUCUCUGGGGGUCUGCAGAUUGUCAGGAGGUGGGGGUAGUGGGUAUUGGUAAAACACCUAGGUCUGGGACUGGGCACGGUGGCUCACGCCUGUAAUCCCAGCACUUUGGGAGGUCGAGGUGGGUGGAACACGAGGUCAGGGGUUCGAGACCACCCUGACCAACAAGGAGAAACCCCGUCUCUACUAAAAAUAAAAAAAUUAGCUGGGCCUGGUGGCACAUGCCUGUAAUCCCAGCUACUCGGGAGGCUGAGACAGGAGAAUCACUUAAACCCGGGAGGCGGAGGUUGCCAUGAGCCGAGAUUGCACCAUUGCGCUCCAGCUUGGGCAAUGAGUGAAACUCCAUCUCAAAAAAAAGCCUAGGUCAAGGCUGGGUGUGGUGGUGCGAGCCUGUGAUUCCAGCUACUCGGGAGGCUGAGGCAGGAGGAUCACUUGACCCCAGGAGGUCGAGACUGCACUGAGCUGUGAUUGCACCACUGCACCUCAGCCUCGGUGACAGUGAAAUCCUUUCUCCAAAAAAAAGCCACGUCUAGACGACACUUCCUCCCUAAGCAGGCUGGCGUUGGGAGCGGGGAGGCACCUCCGGAGAAGCCUGUCCCCAGCCUGCAGAGGCAGGGGUGGGGUGCACAAGGAGUGAGUGCCCCUGUGCUGCUGUGCCCUGGGCACUGUGGUGAGCACUGGCACCAGUAAUGGGUAAGCAGGCCCCCCCAUCCUCCCGAAGGAGGGAGAUUUUUCUCACCGUCAUCAGGUGGCACAGGGUAUGGGGGAAAAUAACACAGGGAAGGGAGAGUGGAGGCACGAGGGCUGCUGUCACAGUGGUUAGGGUGGCCUUGGGGCCUCUCGCAGGCAAGACCACGGACGUGGGAAGAGGAGCCUCAAGAAUGUCUGGGUGUGGCUGGGCGCAGUGGCUCACACCUGUAAUCUCAGCACUUUGGGAGGCUGAGGCGGGCAGAUCUGAGGUCAGGAAUUCGAGACCUCUUGGCCAACAGGGGGAAACCCCAUCUCUACUAAAAAUACAAAAUUUAAAAUUAAACCAGGUGUGGUGGUGGGUGCCUGUAGUCCCAAAUACUCAGGAAGCUGAGGCAGGAGAAUCACUUGAACCCGGGAGGCAGAGGUUGCAGUGAGCUGAGGUCACAUUGCACUCCAGCCUGGGUGAUGAGAGUGAGAUUCUGUCUCAAGAAAAAAAGUCUGGGUGCAAAGGUACCAAGGCACAAGUCUGCAAGAGCUGCCAGGAAGCCUGGGUGGGCUGGUGCGAGGGAGUGAGUCGCGGAGCACAGAGGGUGGCUCUGGGGGGUAUGGCGGGCGGGAGCGCUCUUGUGGGACCUUGUGGGGUGAGUUUGGCUUUUUGGCGGCAACUCCCUGGGCAAGUGUGAGCACCUGGAAGCAAAAGGAUGGGGCAAGACCCCAGCGCUCGCGGGUGCCCUCUGGUGGCCAUGAGGAGAAGAGGCUGUGGGCAGCGGCGGGUGCCAAGGUCAGGGCAGGGUGGGGGCUGGACCCCACGGGGCUUCGGACGGCACAGAUCUGAAGUGGAGCCGGCAGGCCUUGCUGGGGCUGGACUUUGGGGAGGAGGCCUCUAGUGGGGCCAGGUGUGGUGGGGGAGUAGGGUGGCCGCUGUCCGUGUUACCAGUGGACCUUGAGCUCCAAGACUGCCUGGCCUGCCUAAGCUGGUCCAUCGGGGCCCAAUGCAGAACUCUGGUUCUGAGCCCCAGUCCUGUCCACAUAAAGGAGUGGAGCCCGGUCCCCUUCCAGGGAGGGGAAAGAACUCGUGUCCAGGGAUCCACGCCAUGGCAGACGUGGGCUCUCAGGGUAGCAGGAGCCGCCUUAUGGGGGAAUAGGGCUCAGCUGGUGACACCUUCUGCCCACAGGUGCCAAGUCCUGCCCUGCCAACUUCUUGGCAGCUGCCGACGACAUCCUCAGUGGGUUCCAGGGGGACUUCCUGUGGCCCAUACUGGUGGUUGAGUUCCUGGUGGCCGUGGCCAGCAAUGGCCUGGCCCUGUACCGCUUCAGCAUCCGGAAGCAGCGCCCGUGGCACCCCGCCGUGGUCUUCUCGGUCCAGCUGGCAGUCAGCGACCUGCUCUGCGCCCUGACGCUGCCCCCGCUGGCCGCCUAUCUCUAUCCCCCCAAGCACUGGCGCUAUGGGGAGGCCGCGUGCCGCCUGGAGCGCUUCCUUUUCACCUGCAACCUGCUGGGCAGCGUCAUCUUCAUCACCUGCAUCAGCCUCAACCGCUACCUGGGCAUUGUGCACCCCUUCUUCGCCCGAAGCCACCUGCGACCCAAGCACGCCUGGGCCGUGAGCGCUGCCGGCUGGGUCCUGGCCGCCCUGCUGGCCAUGCCCACACUCAGCUUCUCCCACCUGAAGAGGCCGCAGCAGGGGGCGGGCAACUGCAGCGUGGCCAGGCCCGAGGCCUGCAUCAAGUGUCUGGGGACAGCAGACCACAGGCUGGCGGCCUACAGAGCGUAUAGCCUGGUGCUGGCGGGGUUGGGCUGCGGCCUGCCGCUGCUGCUCACGCUGGCAGCCUACGGUGCCCUUGGGCGGGCCGUGCUACGCAGCCCAGGCAUGACUGUGGCCGAGAAGCUGCGUGUGGCAGCGUUGGUGGCCAGUGGUGUGGCCCUCUACGCCAGCUCCUAUGUGCCCUACCACAUCAUGCGGGUGCUCAACGUGGAUGCUCGGCGGCGCUGGAGCACCCGCUGCCCGAGCUUUGCAGACAUAGCCCAGGCCACAGCAGCCCUGGAGCUGGGGCCCUACGUGGGCUACCAGGUGAUGCGGGGCCUCAUGCCCCUGGCCUUCUGUGUCCACCCGCUACUCUACAUGGCCGCAGUGCCCAGCCUGGGCUGCUGCUGCCGACACUGCCCUGGCUACAGGGACAGCUGGAACCCAGAGGACGCCAAGAGCACUGGCCAAGCGCUGCCCCUCAAUGCCACAGCCGCCUCUAAACCGUCAGAGCCCCAGUCCCAUGAGCUGAGCCAAUGACGUGGCCUAGCGGAAGCCACCUCCUCACCCUAGGUGUUGCUGGAGAACCCUGAGGGCAGGGCCCGAGCCCCGACGCAUCCCUUCCCCCAAAAAGCAACACCUGUGGUUGCGGCCAGGUCAGGCCCAGCUGCAGCCCAGGCAGAAGCAGUCGCCUUUCCCACCCAUAGCGCUGGCCACAGGGCUCCCUGCAGGGUCAGGGACCAGACCACGCCCAGGGGAGGGGAGGCACUGGCCCCCACCACAGGACUGGAGACGCAAGAACAAAAAGAACCAAGUAGAGUGGAGCUGCUUUAUUGCCCUUGGAGCCCGCGCUCUCGGAGGCUGUCUUCUGUCGCCAAGGGUCCCGGGCCGAGUACACAGUGGCAGCUGGCUUAGUUGGUGGACGGCCUGGGGUAGGGGAGGGUUGCAGGUAUGAGACUUCUGGGGGCACCCCAAGACCCCAGACACCCAAGUGGCAUCUUGGGGGUAGGUGGGCAGAGGAUGGGGUAAUGUGAGGACGAAGCGGGCACGGAGCCAGAUGGCCAGUCUCCAGGCCUGGUCCACGGACUGGCAGGGACCCCAGGCACAGGAGCUGCCACCCCUCUGCCCCUCUGCCAGGUUUUGGAAAAAGACAAUAAAGGACUGUCCCCUCAAAACCAGCUGGGGGACUGUUAAA